CUUUUGUUUACAUUCUAAGUUGAAUUUUUCAAAUUACAGAAAAUCAAGAAUAUUAGUUAAAUUAAGUAUUUUUUGACAGUAAUAUAGUCAUUAAACAAUGGAAAUAUGUGAUACGUACUAUAGUAAGGACGAAUUUGUAGAAACAGCGUCUGGAAAUAAGGUAAAUCGUCAAACGGUACUUUGUGGAAGUCAGAAUAUUGUACUGCAUGGUAAGGUUAUUGUCGAUAAAGGAGCUAUAAUACGUGGAGAUUUGGCAAAUGUUCGAACUGGAAGAUAUUGCAUUAUAUCCAAAAAUGCAGUUAUUCGUCCACCAUUUAAGCAGUUUAGUAAAGGAGUUGCUUUCUUCCCGUUACACAUUGGUGAUCAUGUCUAUAUCGGGGAAAAUUCAGUAAUCUCAGCUGCAUCAAUUGGAUCUUAUGUUUAUAUUGGAAAGAAUGCAGUCAUUGGACGACGAUGUGUGAUCAAGGACUGCUCGAUAAUCGAGGACGGUGCAAUUUUGCCACCAGAAACGACUUUAGCUAGUUUUAUGAAAUUCACAAAAGAAGGAAAGAUUGAAGGUGGACAAGGAACAGAAUCAGUUCCUCCCGCGAUGCUAGAUUUGAUGGUUGAUUUUACUAAAUCAUUUUAUGAGCAUUUCAUUCCUUCUACUCAUUGAUUAUACUUACUUAUCAUUUAUAAAACUCAUAUUUGCUAAUAAAAUUCAACUGUCAUAAAUUAUUUG